AUGCACAACUUGAACGACAACGCCGGAGAGGGUAAGAAGCCAUCCCCGGACUCCCUCGUCAAAACGAUGUCCGUGCUGCUAAGGGACAACGAAUGCGCUUUCAAUAUGGAAGAGCACGAAGAGCAACGAAGCACAGAUCAAGGACCGUCGGACAAAAAAGACAGUGAGAUGAUUGACUGUUUGAUGCAAAAGCUGACGUCGAAAAAGUUCCUAGUGGAAAAGGAAACGAAGAACUCCUUCUACCUUGUAGAUAACGAAAAUAUGAAGAUAAAAAAGUUAAAGGAACAUGGCCAUUCGGCAUCGCUAAAUGAUGAUUUGAGUCCUCUGCAGUAUGAGAGGAUAAAGUACCAACCCACAUUACCCAAGGCGUUGGCAAGCGAGUACCAGCUAUUGGAAGAGAACCACGGGGAUGAUUUUAUUAACAAAAAGGAUUAUGAGGAGAUCAAACAGUAUUUGAAGAACCUGCACGAUAUGCCCAUUUUGAACGUGAAGGAAACGACUAACCAUGAAUCUUUUAAGGGAGGAAAUGUGUUAAAAAUUGGGAUCAUCCUCUCAGGUGGUCCCGCCCCAGGUGGCCACAACGUCAUAUCUGGUAUAUAUGACUAUGCUAAGAGGUACAACGAGCAGUCGCAGGUUAUUGGCUUUUUAGGAGGCAUCGAUGGCUUGUAUAGCAAAAACUACGUCACCGUUACGGACUCGUUGAUGAAUCGAUUUAGGAACUUGGGUGGGUUCAACAUGCUGUGGUCAGGCCGAGGGAAGGUGAGAAAUAAAGACGACUUGAUUGCCAUCGAAAAUAUUGUUGCCAAGUUGAAGCUGAACGGGUUGGUAAUAAUCGGAGGGGAUGGAUCCAACAGUAACGCAGCAUUGAUUUCUGAGUACUUCGCGGAGAGGAACAUUCCCAUUUCUAUUAUUGGCAUCCCGAAGACCAUCGAUGGGGAUUUAAAAAGUGAAGCAAUUGAAAUUAGCUUUGGAUUCGACACCGCCACGAAGACGUAUUCAGAAGUGAUAGGCAAUCUGUGUACUGAUGUGAAGACCGGGCAUAAUGUAUACCACGUGGUGAGGGUGAUGGGGAGGUCCGCCUCCCAUGUGGUGUUGGAGUGCGCUCUGCAGACGAGGCCGAACAUAGUCCUCAUAGGGGAGGAAGUGGAGAAGGAGAAGCUAUCCCUAAAGGAUAUCGUAAGCAACAUUGUGAAUACCAUUUUGAAGAGAAGGUCGCUUAACAAAAACUACGGAGUUAUUUUAAUUCCCGAGGGGUUGAUCGAAUUUGUGCCCGAAAUUAAGGUUUUGAUUGGCGAGCUGAACGUCAUUUUGAAGGAAGGCCCUUUUGAUGCGGAUAAAUUGAAGCACUCCAGAGAGGUGUGGGAUUUCCUGCCCAGUAUCAUUCGGGACCAGCUUCUAAUGGAUAGGGAAUCCACCGGGUAUAUUCAAGUGGGCAAAAUCGCAACGGAGAGGUUAAUCAUUGUUCUGGUCGAAUCGGAGCUAGCCAAAUUGAAUGACAACAGUUUGAACAUUCAGUUUAUGGCUCACUAUUUAGGGUACGAGGGGAGGUGUGCCAUCCCGUCCAACUUCGAUUGCAACUAUUGCUAUGCGUUGGGGUAUAAUGCCGCUCUGCUAAUUGAUCAUAAGAAGACGGGGUACAUGUCUAUCAUACAGAAUUUGGAAGAUUCGUAUGCGAAUUGGAUCCCCGCCGCCAUUCCGUUUUUGCGCAUCAUGCAUGUGAAUAGGGACAACACAGGGAAGGAGUUCCCCGCUGUGAAGAGGUACCUCGUCGAUUUGAACAGCCCCCUUUUCAACGUGUUGAAAGAAGUCCGUAGUUUGUGGUCCCUCUACGAUUUGUACAGAGCCCCUGGGCCGAUUCAGUUCAAUGGGCACUUGAGCAACUCCAGGUGCUACACGGUGAAGAUACCCACGAAGGAUGUGCUGUUGUGUCAGAACUCGGACGACUUGCAGUUGAUUAUCAGUUUGGCGAAUAAGACCAACCAUUUAGGAAGCAGCAACAUCACCGGAGGUGCAGAAGAUGGGGGGGCCAGCCAGAUGGACUUAAGCGGAAAAGAUGCCGAUUUGCAGAGUAAGGGGGGCGAACUUGGUGCGGUUGGCGCCACAUCGACGGGGGCGCACGAAAAGAGCUUAUCCUCUUACAGCCCCGAUGCGGGACAACACCACUCUGGAACCGUCGCAGGGAAGAUGAUUACCCCCCCGGACAUGGCGAGCGAGGCGAGUAUCAACGUGGAUCAAGUGAGAAACGACUUCUACGAACAGCACUGCUCCAGUUACAAGUCCCUAGGGUGCAUGUCCGAGUUGCAGACCUCCAGGCUGUAUAACAAAUUGGAGCUGCCUGAACUGUGCUCCGAUUUGAAGGCCAAAGUGAGGGCAGGAAAACAGUACAUAUCGAAUGACCCCUACACACAGAAGCAGAUCUUGUCCAAUUACCCCCACAUGUCAUAUGAAAAUAAAUUUCAAAUUCAGGAGAUUUUCCACGAUAAGUAUGCCACGCCGAUCUCGUUUGAAAUAAAAAUAGGAAUUGUCUUUCUGUCUAGACAGGCUCCCGGGGCGAUGAACGUUCUGUGUGGUCUGUACCACCGACUGAAGCUUCUGAAAGGGGUGUGCAUUGCCUUUUACGGGUUAUAUGGCCUCUUAAAUAAUAAGUACAUCAUUAUAGACGACGACAAUAUAGCGAAGCAUUUGAACCAGGGAGGAUUGGAGUUGACUGGAAAUUCCCCGGAGCAUUCCCUAUUUGAUAAGGAGAACCGAAAUAAGGUGUGCGAAACGGUCACCAAUUUGCAGCUCAACGGGUUGGUGAUGCCUGGGUCCAAUGUCACCAUCACGGAAGCGGCCCUCCUUGCGGAGUACUUCCUGGAAAAGAAGAUCCCCACCUCCGUUGUGGGAAUUCCUCUAACGGGUUCGAAUAAUUUGAUUCACGAGUUGAUAGAAACGUGCGUAGGGUUUGACAGCAGCACGAAAGUGUAUGCCUCUCUCAUUGGAAAUGUCCUUACAGAUGCGGUGAGCAUGCCGAAGUAUUGGCAUUUCAUUCGUCUAAUGGGAAGAUCUCCUUCGCAUGAAGUCCUCGAGUGCGCCCUGCAGACUCACCCGAAUAUGGUCAUCAUCUCGGAGGAGUAUGGGGCGGCGGAUAAGACGCUCUGGAGAGUCGUCCAAGACAUUGCGGACGUCGUCUGUGCGAGGGCCGAGUUGGGAAAGAACUACGGGACGGUGUUAAUCCCCGAUGCGCUCCUCAUGCAUCUGCCCCAUAUGAAGAUUCUGCUGACCGAAAUUAGCGACAUACUGAACGACGCCAAUGAGAAGGGGCAGCUGGUCGAGGCGAGGAACGACUUGGUGAAUCUCUCCACCACGCAGGGUGCGGCGGCGGGUACGGCGGGUACAGCGGGUACAGUGGCGGGAGCGGAGCAGCCCCUGUCCGCUUCUCCUUGGGUGCUAAAACUAACCCCGUGGAGUUUGGCCCUGCUGAAGACCUUCCCCCAGUUCAUCAUCAAGGAGCUCCUGCACGUGGAUUUGAGGUCCAUGCGGUUUGAAAAGCUAGAGACAGAGCAGCUGCUCCUGCAAAUGGUGAAGGAGGAACUGCAUCAGAGAAAGCAAAAGGGAAAGUACUCUGGAAGUUUCAUGGGAUUGACCCACUUCUUUGGCUACCAAGGUCGUUCGUCCUUGCCAUCCGAAUUUGAUUGUAAGUUGGCCUAUUCCUACGGUCAUGCAGCUUCCAUAGUGAUUGAAAGUGGCCUCACAGGGUACAUCGUCUCGAUAAGGGGGCUCUGUGGAAAUAUUAAAGACUGGAAAUUGUUCGCCAUCCCAUUUAUAUCAUUGAUGAAGAUUUUGCCCCGCGGACAGGGCAGCAAAUAUUUGAAGAGCGCCUCCAAGGGGGACCUCCCCGUCAUCCCUAGUGCGCCGGUUGACCUGAACGGCAAGGCGUAUAGAAGCUUAAAAAUUGCUUUGCAAAAGUGGCAGAUGGAGGAUAGGUUUUGCAACCCGGGUCCCAUCCAGUUUGAGGGAAAUGCUUCCAUCUAUUACAACCGCAUUUUGUUCGAAGAGCAGUCCGAGUAUUUCGAGAUGCUUCGCUACGUGGAGUGCUACGCGAACAUUUUGAAGGACACCUGCCGCUUCGGGGUCUCAGCGGAUUACCUGAAGAACGUGUUCGUGCAGCUGUGCGGCAUGCUUGUGCUCGCCUACAAGCCGAACGACAUUCUCUCCAACAUGCCCUACAUCGGCAGCAUCGAGGAUUACUACGACUGGGAGAACCAGCGCAAGCGGAUGGACUGAGCCAAGCGGAGCGGAGCCCAGCGGAGCGAAGCGAAGCUAAGCGGAGUGAAGCGAAGCGAUGCGGCACAAAUGGGAGAGAAGCGGAGUGAUGCAGCACAAAUAGGAGCGACGCAGCGGUGUGAUAGGUGGCUUACGCAGGUGAUGACAAAGCUGCUCUUGAACGGAGGCUACCUUAGUAUGCUUCCUUUUUUAUCCCGCACCAGAGCUAUGGGUGCCCUCCCCCCCUCUACUAAUCUCUGCAGCACCACCAAGGGGGUAUGUCCCUUCGAUGGCGCAGCAAAAAAAGCAACAACCAUUUUAACGAAAUAGAUGGCGACCCUUUUCACGAUUUUUUUUUUUUUAUUAACUCUGACUGUAUAAGUUCUCCCCUGUUGUAGUGUCACAUUUCUGUUUCG